CGGCUGGUGUAAAAAUAAUCCACGAACAUGUAAAACGCACAGCCAUACACGCCUUCCGGUAAACUGUUACAGAUUCAUACAGAUUAUGUUGGAUUAUGUAGAUACUAAAGAUUUGUGAUAUAGAUAUACACUUAUCAUAAACGGUUGUUGACGUGAGGAUUUAGAAAUAAAUGAUAACCGCACUGAGAUAUUGAUGUGUCAAAGGUGUAAGAAUACCAGCAGGUGAGACCGGUGGCGUACGCACGCAUGGCGACAAUGUUAGGGGAGCCUAAUCCAUUCGGCGGGACCCCGCUGGCCAUGCUAGCCGCCCAGUGCAACAAGAUCGCCGCCAAGUCACAGGGCCCUCUAGCGGCUAGCGAACUCCACAAGGGAUUCCAUCCAUGGAAGAAACCUCUCAGCGCCAUGGACGCCGCGCACAGCUCCCUGGCACUAACCUCGCAGCGGAUGUCGAACUUCAACUCGUCGAUGGCGAUGUCUAGUUCCGGUUUUAAUUACGCGAGGAGUAAUUCACUGCAAAGCUGUGCCGGUGCCUACGGAAGUGAACUGUUUUAUCCCCAGAGUUCCACAAACUCUUAUACGCAUGCGCAGUCAGAAAGCUGUCAGGCAACACUGUCUCAGAAAAUGUACGGAGAGUCGAGUUCGAACAUUGGCAACGUGUAUUCGCGAGUGCCUAACGGUUCUCUUUAUGAUUCCUGGUCGUCCUACAUACCCAAUGCCAACAGCUACAGUAUAAAGUCAGACUUAUCUAGUUCAAUGACGUCACCAGCGUCGUGGUGGGACAUGCAUUCAAACCCUUCUAAUUGGUUAUCGGACAUAAGUGGGUCCUCAAACAGUAUUCACUCUCAUUUAUCUGGUUCGAAUUAUCCGAAUUCGGAUACACUUAACGCGUUUGGGCAUUCGCUGACUCCUAAUGGGUCAACAUUUCCCCAUUUGUUACAAGACACCUUCAAGUCUAUCUUACCUUCCAACAGUGAUUUGAACGCCUCGUCAGUGAAUUCCGUUCUCGAUGUCCCGUUCGGCGCUGCCAUGUCGUCUCUCGCCUCGUCCAGGUCACAGCGGCGCUAUUCGGGACGGGCCACAUGCGACUGCCCGAACUGCCAGGAGGCUGAACGUCUGGGUCCAGCAGGCGCUUCACUGAGGAAGAAGAACCUGCACAACUGCCACAUACCCGGAUGUGGGAAGGUGUACGGGAAAACCUCGCAUUUAAAGGCGCAUUUGAGAUGGCACACCGGAGAGCGGCCUUUCGUCUGUAACUGGUUGUUUUGUGGGAAGCGGUUCACGCGCUCAGAUGAGCUGCAGCGCCACCUCCGGACGCACACGGGAGAGAAGAGAUUCGCGUGCCCCACGUGCAGCAAGCGCUUUAUGCGCAGUGAUCAUCUCAGUAAACACGUCAAAACACACAGCAACGAUACCAAGAAAUCGGUCAGUGGAAGUGACUCUGAAAAUAGUCAAGAUGUGAACGGCAAUUCUCCAGUCAGGGGAGGUAACAAAUCACCAUUAAGUAAAUAAUGGUGGAAUAGUGAUAUAUAAUCAAAGCAAUUUAUUAACCUGAGAAUCAGGAUUAUAUUUUUAAUUGUUUUAUUAUUCAUUUGAAAUAAUACUCACCUAUGCAUAUACAAGCAGGGAGAUGUUUUAUUAAUGCAUUUAUAUAUAUUUGAUAUGCAUUUUCUGUUUAAUACGUUUGAAGAUCUUACAAGAACUGUUUAUUUUAUAGACUGCUAGUUAACAGAUGUUGUAAUGAAUUCGAAUAUUUGAGCAGAAAACACACACUUUAACCCAUUUAUGCCUAGCUUCUAGAAAAAAGGCCUUGGCAUAAUGCGGCGUGUCAUCAGGGUCUGCGCUGUUUGCUCAAAGGAAUUUCUGUAAGAAAUAUUAUAAAUAUAUAAAUAAAUAUACUAGACAUCUCUAAUUUUGGAAAUAAAUUGAUCCAAUUUAGAAGGAUGGGAGAGUCCACUAGGCAUAAAUGGGUUAAUGUCACUGCUUUCAUCGAUGUGUUGUACGGAUACAAGGAGUGUUCGGGUACAGCUACAGACGCUAUCGUGGUCGAGAUAUGAUGCUGCGUAGUUCAAUUUUCGCUAGAUAUAUUUUCACUGUUGUUCUAAGACAUACUGGUGCCUUUGCUGAUGUUGCUAUUUAUGAAUUGCAAAGUUGUUGAUUUUUAUAAUGCUUAAAUAAAGCCAAAAAUAAGCCUU